AUUUGCCACUCCGCUCUCCACACCCACCCCGGCUGCUGGAUCGGACCCUCCCUCCUUCGGUAGCUCAAUUUGCCAGCCUGGAUGUCGUCGGAUCAACACUGCUGCUGUACCGCAACAGAUGUCUGAGAGCAAACCAGCUGAGUAGAGGACUCCCCUCUCUGCCCAAGCUCUACACCUGCAGCCAUGAAUGGCGGAGCCAGUGUGUGGGCCAUCACUCCAGAGGAGAGGGGGAAACAUGACAAACAGUUUGACACCCUGGCCCCCGUCCUCGGCUAUGUCUCAGGGGAGCAAGCCAGGAAAUUCUUCCUCCAGUCUGGCCUGCCCCCUUCGGUCCUGGCUGAGAUCUGGAACUUAGCUGACAUGGACAGCGAUGGAAAGAUGGACAGACUGGAGUUCUCAAUGGCAAUGAAGCUCAUCAAAAUCAAACUUCAGGGGCGGAACUUACCCUCUUCUCUGCCAAUCAUUAUGAAGCAAUCUCCUGUCUCCAACUCUGCUUCUAUCAUGCCUUCAACAGCUCGCUUUGGAAUGGGUUCAAUGCCAAACCUGUCAAUGGGUCUGUCAUCCAUGUCAACUAUGUCAGCCAUGCCCCUCCUAACACCAAUCCCGGCUAACCCCCCCAUGCACUCUUUGCAACCCCUGAUGCAUAUUCCAAUGACUCUGCCCCUCAUCUCCUCCCUCGGAAACUCUGGACUCACCAACGGCAAUGUCAACCUCCUCACCCCACCCCUUGUUCCCAACAAUGCAGGGCUUCCUCUCUCUGGCUUCUCCUCUCCUAUGGCCUUCUCUCCAUCCACUGGCAUGUCAAAUGCAAACUCCCUCCUCGACCUUGGAUCCAGCAGUUCAAAUUCUUCUUCCACCACAUCGUUGGCCAGUAACUCUCCCAAGACAGGAGCGAGUGAUUGGGCCGUGCCUCAGGCCUCAAGACUCAAGUAUCGUCAGCAGUUUAACACGCUGGACAAGCUAAUGAGUGGCUACUUGUCAGGGCCUCAGGUUAGAAAUGCUUUGAUGGCGUCCAACCUGACACAAACUCAGCUAGCAACUAUCUGGACCUUGGCAGAUGUAGAUAAGGAUGGUCAGCUACAAGGUGACGAGUUCAUUCUGGCCAUGCAUCUGGUUGACAUGGCUAAAACUGGUCGACCUCUUCCCCUCACACUGCCUCAAGACCUUGUGCCUCCUUCUCUCAGAGGAGGAAUCAAGCCCUGUGAGCUUGUAAAUGGAACAGGGCCUUACAUCUCUCCCUCUUUGUUGGACACAGUGGAGUUAGAUCCCGCACAGAAGAACAAGAGCAGUGUGUCUUUUGAGGACAAGCUUAAGGAGAACUUUGCAAGAGGCAGCGCCGAACUGGAGAAGCGGCGCUUAGCUCUAGAGGAAGGGCAGAGGAAGGAAAGGGAGAGGAGAGAGAGGGAGGAGAGAGAGGAGAGGGAGAGGCGGGAGAGGGAGGCCAGAGAUCAGGAGAACCGGAGGAGGCUGGAGGAGGAGAGGCGGUUUGAGAGGCAGAGAGAGAUGGAACGACAGAGGGAGGAGGAGAGGCUGAGGGAGCUGGAGAGAAAGGAGGCAGCAAAGCAUGAGAUGGAGCGCCAGCGGAGGGAGGAGUGGGAGCGUGCAAAAAGAGAGGAGCUGGGAAGGAGGAAAGAGGGGGAACAGGAAGAGAUCACAAGACUCAGGGCGAAAAAGAAGAGUCUAGAGUUGGAGCUAGAGGCUGUGGGCAACAAGCACAAGCAGAUCUCAGACUGUCUCCGAGAUGCUCAGAGCAAGAGGCGGAUCCUGAAGGCAGAGGUGGAUCUUGUCAAUCAAAAAAGAGACGAACGCAUCACAGAAAUCAACAACUUGCAGCUUCAGCUUGAGGAGUGGCAGAGGAAGCUCUCACAUCUGGUCCCGGAACAGCAGAGGCUGACCGAGAAGCUACGAAACAUCAAUUCUAACAAAAUCUGCACCUUGACUUUGACGUCUCUGACUGGGAACGUGGAAGAGAAAGGUGUGAAUUGUCGGAGGCUGAAGGACCAGCUCGACACUCUUGAGCGAGAGACCACCGACAAACUGGUCCAGAUGGAGGAGUACAACAAGGAGCUGAAGCCUGGGGACUUGGAUGACUGUAUCCUGCGAGGCCUUUUGUCUCUGCUGGCCUGCCUCAGCCAGCUCUUCCACCUCAUCAAGGAGCUGAGGGAGAAGCAGGUGCGGCAGCAGGCUGUCCUGGAUGACCUGUACAGAGUCAAAGAGGAGAAACUGAGGGAGCUGCAGAAACGCAGGGAGGACGAGUUGGAAAGAAAGAGGAGAGAGGAAGAGGAGGCAGCCAGACGAGCAAAGCUAGAGCAAGAGAGAAGGGAGCAGGAGAGGAGGGAGAAGGAGGAAGAGGAGGCACGUCAAAGGAGGCUCCAGGAGGAGCAGAGGGCCAGGCAGAGGGAGGAGGAGGAGAGGGAGGCACAGGCCCGCCUCCGGGCAGCUCAGGAGAAAGCACAAGAAGAGGAGAGAAGAAGGAGAGAAGAGGAGGAGGAGAAGAGGAGGAGGGAAGAGGAGGAGAGGAAGCAAAAAGAGCAGGAAGAAGAAGAGGAGACGAAGCGAAGGAAGGAUGAACAAGAGAGAGAAGCACAACAGCUGGUGGUUGUGGAUCAGCAAUCAUCCAAGCUGACAUCAUACAAAGCUCUGUACUCGUUUGUCGCUCGAAAUGCAGAUGAGCUGAGUAUAGAUGCAGACGGCCUUCUAGAGGUGGAUGAGCAGACUGUCGGUGAGCCUGGCUGGUUGUGUGGAAGUUAUCGUGGAAACAGGGGCUGGUUCCCCCAGAGUUACGCAAAGAAAUGUCCUGCAUCUCCUGCUGCUGAGACUGCUGUUUUGUCAGCUGGAAACAAGUCCUGUCCACCGCCCCCACUUAAGCCAGGAAUCCCGCAUGAGGAGGAAGCAAGCAACACCAUCGUCCCAGCCCAACCAGACAAUUCACAGCUCUCAGUCCCUCUGCUUGCUCGAGCUGUCUCCUCGUGGUCGGCAAGCUCAGAAACUCACCUCAACCUCUCUUCUGUUGGCGGCGAUGUCAUCACUGCACUCCUGAGCGUCACACAAGGUGACAUCAUCAGUGUGCUGCAACAGAAGGAAGACUGGUGGUUGGGACAGCUCAACGAGACACAGGGAUGGUUCCCUAAAAGCUACGUCACUCUGGAGAUGUGUGACAAUACAGAUUUGGAUUCAUACGACACAUCUGACUCCGUUCAGCUUGAGGAAUAUGUGGCCUUGUACACGUACGAGAGCCCAGAGGCAGGGGACCUGACGUUUGUUGAGGGAGAUGUUGUCAUGGUGACAGAGAGAGAAGGAGAGUGGUGGCGAGGAUGCAUCGGGGACCAUACAGGGGUUUUUCCUUCCAACUACGUCCGACCUGUAGAGCCAGAGGGGACAAGACCUGGAGCAACAACCAAAAAGCCUGAGAUCGCCCAGGCAGUCACCAUGGCGCUUGCCCCCACGAUGCAACAGUUGCAUCUGUCUCCAGGGCAACUGAUAGUGGUCUUGGCCAAGAACUCCACCGGCUGGUGGCUCGGGGAACUGCAGGCUCGAGGCAGGAAGCGGCAGAGAGGCUGGUUUCAUUCGUCUCACGUCAAGCUGCUCGGUCCCUCCAGCAGCAAGCCCUCCCCCUCCCCUCUGCCAGUGUGCCAAGUAAUUGCAAUGUACGACUACACGGCUGCCAAUCAGGACGAGCUGAAUUUUUCCAAGGGUCAGCUCAUCAACAUUUUGGACAAAACCAACCCUGACUGGUGGAAAGCAGAAGCCAAUGGGGUCACAGGCCUGCUGCCCACCAAUUAUGUCAAGAUGACAACAGAAUCCGACCCCAGCCAGCAAUGGUGUGCUGACCUGAUGACGCUGGACUCGAUGACUCCUCAGGAAAGGAAGAGACAGGGUUACAUGCAUGAGCUGAUCCAGACAGAGGAGACCUACGUGGAAGACCUGGAGCUGGUUCUAGAGGUCUUCUACAAGCCCAUGUCAGAAUCAGGUCGUCUAACAGAAGAUGAGAUGGGAGUGAUCUUUGUCAACUGGAGGGAGCUGAUUAUGUGCAACACCAAACUACUCAAAGCCCUGCGAGUCCGUAAGAAGACGGGAGGUGAAAACAUGCCGGUGCAGCUGAUAGGGGACCUGUUAGCAUCAGAGCUCGCUCACAUGCAGCCCUACAUCCGCUUCUGCUCCUGUCAGCUCAAUGCUGCUGCCCUGCUGCAAAACAAAACAUACAACCAGCCCGACUUUAAAGACUUCCUGAAGAAGAUUGCCACAAACUACCGCUGCAAAGGAAUGCCACUAUCCAGCUUCCUCCUCAAGCCCAUGCAGAGAAUCACACGCUACCCCCUGCUCAUAAAGAAUAUCCUGGAGCACACUCAGGAAGUUCACGCAGACCGAGGCCCGCUGAGAGAAGCUCUGGAGCGAGCUGAGGAGCUGUGCUCGCAGGUCAACGAGGGAGUCAGGGAGAAGGAGAACUCAGACAGGCUUGAGUGGAUCCAGAGCCAUGUUCAGUGUGAGGGACCUAUAGAGCACUUGGUCUUCAACUCGCUGACUAAUUGCCUCGGGCCUCGCAAGCUGCUCCACAGCGGACGUCUUCACAAAACCAAAAGCAGCAGGGAGCUGUGGGUUUUCCUUUUUAAUGAUUUCCUUCUCCUCACACACAGCGCCAAACCCUUCUCCUCCUCAGGAGCAGACAAGCUGUUCAGCCUGAAGACCAACAUCCAGCUGAAGAUGUACAAAACACCGCUGUUUCUUAAUGAGGUUUUGGUGAAAAUGCCUCCCGAUCCUUCAAGCGAUGAGCCACUUUUCCACGUCUCACACAUUGACCGUGUCUACACUCUGAAAACUGAGACCUUAAAUGAGAGGACAACAUGGGUGCAGAAAAUCAAAGCAGCAUCUGAACAUUUCAUAGACACAGAGAAGAAAAAGAGAGAGAAGGCUUACCAAGCUCGUUCCCUAAAGAGCAGCGGUAUCGGUCGGCUGCUGGUGACUGUCACAGAAGCCCAGGAGCUUAGAGCGUGUAAACCUAACGGUAAGAGUAACCCGUACUGUGAGCUGACGAUGGGGGCUCAGUGUUACGCCUCUCGACCAAUCGCAGACACUCUGAACCCAAAGUGGAACUUCAAUUGUCAGUUCUUCAUCAAAGACCUUUACCAGGACGUGCUGUGCAUCACUGUGUUUGAGAAGGACCAGUUCUCACCAGAUGAUUUCCUGGGUCGCACUGAGGUCCCUGUGGCAACGAUAAAAAAAGAGAUGGAGAGCAAAGGUGCAGCCAACCGUCGCCUGCUGCUGCACGAGGUUCCCACCGGAGAAGUUUCAGUCAAACUGGACCUUCAGCUGUAUGAGCCGACCAAAUGAAAACAACACCCUCAGCAGACAUCACUUCCUUUUCUAGUAAUGAAGAGGAAACAUUUAGUUGAAACAGUCACAUAAAAACUUAAAGUGAUCUCAAGACGAUUACAGCCUUGUACUGCCCUGAGCUGGCGAGAUUUAUCUUGUUGACUUCAAGUUAAAGGAUAAGGAGACCUUGCCAAAACUGUUGGAUUACAUUCCAAUGAAUUGUCCUGAGACAUAGUCUUUUAUUGUGGAAAAAGCGUUUUCCUGUUUACCAACAAAUGAUCUUAUGUAUUUGCAAAUAUUUUCAUGUGAAACACAGAAGUGCAAUUAAAAAACAUGCCAUGAAGAUGUCCCAUUUAGAUCACCAAACGAUAAAGUUUUGUAAUAUUCAUAUUCUGAACCUUUUAUGCAAAACAAUGUCACAGUAAAUAUUAACAGGAAAUAUUUCACUGUACUUUCACUGUUGUUCUUUCACCUGGACUGUUGCACACAUAUGCUUGUUAUCCUUUUCUAUUCAAAUGUUGCACACUACUGUAUAAUGUCAAAGAUUAACCUUAUUGUUAACUGAGCUAUGGAGGUUUAUGUUAAGUAAGGCCAUAAAGUCCUGAAUGUGGCAUAAAUAAAAAUGCACACA